AUGGCUUCUCGCGGUGGUUUUAUGGUGACAGGUACCAAUGGAGCAGAUUACGAGCAUCGGGAAAAAAUAGCGAUACAGUAUCAAUUAAGUGCACUAAAUAAGUCUCGUCUCAAGUACUGCGUGUUCUUCCACCAUGUGUUAUUUCUGGUGAUGGUGGCAAAGCUCUCCGCCGAUAUCCUCGACAAACUUGACAUAUUCAUCCUGGAAAUUGAAGAACUACAAAUACCACAGCCGCUAUGGUGGGAAUACAUCUGGUGCAUAUCUCUUCUACUCUCCUUUAUUGGCUUGGCAGCUUUGAAACGUAAUAAUAUAAAACAGUUACGAAGAUACAUGUACGGCAUAGCCAUCCUGGGAUUUGGACCACUUUUGUACUGCUUAAUCUACUACUGCGGCGACGUAUGGCGGUACUUAACUAAAGAUGAGGACGAAGAUAGUUCAGAAAUCGAUAUAGAAUUAUGGCAGGGUUAUCCAUACGGCCUCCUGUGGUACGCAUUUGUGUUCCUGGCGUCCCAGGUUCACUUCUUCCAGCUCUACUUCUCUUUCAACCUCCUCAAAGCUUGGCGGGCUAGAGGAGCGCUCAGGAAAUCCGACUAA